GUCUUCCGAGUUCAACGACGGUGGGAGGCUGCUACGUUCCACUCCCAUCUCCGACAAUCCAUCAAUGGCAUCUCUUCCCUCUCUUUCUUCGUCCUCCCUGACGAGACCUCCCCGUCUGUUCCCUCCUUCAAGCUUUAAGGGAAACACGAGGAGCCUUGGAGCGGGGCAGACCGAGUUCCGGUUCCCGUCCCUGAAGAGCAAAGUGCAGGGACGAGAGCGGUCGUUGAGUGUGGUGAUCAGGGCAGCUUCCGCUUCUUUCGCGGCGGCGGCGGUUUCUGGGUCGCCGAGUGUGAGGUUCAGGCUGGAUAACUUGGGGCCGCAGCCUGGGUCGAGGAAGAAGGCGAAGAGAAAGGGGCGGGGCAUAUCGGCUGGGCAGGGCGCGAGCUGCGGGUUCGGGAUGAGGGGCCAGAAGUCGAGGUCGGGCCCCGGGGUCAUGAAGGGAUUCGAGGGUGGUCAGAUGCCUUUGUACCGGCGUAUUCCCAAGCUCCGUGGGAUUGCUGGAGGUAUGCAUGCGGGAUUACCAAAGUAUGUCCCUGUGAACUUAAAGGACAUUGCAGCGGCAGGAUUUCAAGAGGGUGAUGAGGUUUCUUUGGAAACUUUAAAGAAGAAGGGUCUUAUUAAACCAUCCGGAAGGGAAAGGAGACUUCCUUUAAAGAUCUUAGGCGAGGGGGAACUAAGUGUCAAGGUGAACAUAAAGGCCCGUGCAUUCUCAGCAGCAGCUAAAGAGAAGCUAGAGGCUGCCGGGUGUUCUGUAGAAGUCUUGCCAGGCCGAAAGAAGUGGAUUAAACCCUCGGUUGCAAAGAACCUCGCUCGUGCCGAGGAAUACUUUGCCAAGAAAAGAGCUGCCGCUGGUUCUGAAGAUGCCGCUUCUUCGUGAUCCAUAGUAUUGGCAAAUCCCAAACUUGGUGGAUCUUGUGUAAAGCAGCAUCAGAAAUUUGGUCCUUUGUUUAGCUCAUUAAUUCUUAGUGUUUACUUCGGCCUGGUUCGGUGUAUGGGGUGUAGUUUCCUGCAUAGGUAUCCGAUCUGAUUCACCUGUAAUUUUGGUUAAGCCCUUUAUUCAGCAGAAAUUCGUUAUCUUGUACCAUUUCUUUGGGGAAGCCAUAUAUAGCAUUUCUUGCAAGAUCAAAUGUGGCACUGGUUUCAUAAGAAUGUUUCUUUCAUUUGACAGACCGAAAUGCUAUCAUUGGAUCUAACGAAAGCAGCCUCUUCUCUUUA